UUAGGUUAUUUUUUAUUUCUAACAAUUUCAAAAGAAAUGAUGUUCUCAAUUAUAUUGCUGUCUAACUGUAUGAAAUAUAUAGAUUCUGUAUCAGUGAGAAAAAGCGACGACAUUACAACCAGUGAGUUCAGGAAUGACAACAGUGCAAGAUGGCCGAUAACGGAAAACUCUACACCGAAGUCAUUAAUGGCGGCACAUAGAGAAUUAGAAAAUCUGAAAAAUACUGUUAAUGAUCUUUCAGUUGUAUUGCAGACCUUGGAGGAUAAGUAUGAGAAAGAGAAAACAGCUCCUGUCAUGUUUUAUGCUGUCAUUAGAAACAAGGCAUUUACCUAUAACGUCGACACAAUAAUAGUCUUUGAGACAGCAAUCGUUAACGAAGGUGGUCAUUACAACAAGUAUGACGGAGUGUUCUUAGCACCGGAGAAGGGAACUUAUAUUUUUGCUUGGACUGUAACUGGUAGCAGUUCUCAUCAUAUUAUAACUGAACUAGUGGUCGAAAAUAACGUGAUCGCCGGAACUGGAGAGGUAAACAAUUCAGGAGGUUAUCCAUCUGGAGCUAUGACGUCACUAUGUAAAAUGGAGAAGGGAGAUCAUGCCUGGAUAAGGACAACCGGGUCUUCUACCGCUCAUUAUCUUUAUAGUUAUGAUGAUUAUCCACAGUCAGGAUUCCUUGGGCUUUUGGUGUUGACAGAAUAACAAAAAAAUAAUUAAUCUUUGAAUCAUUCAUGUAAUUUUGUUUUUUUGAACAUAAAUCCACUUGAAAUAGAUUAUAAAAAAACACAUUUCAGGAUUAUGUACCCUUUUGUUGUUUCAAUGCUAAACAUAUGGGAAUUUAAAAAAAAAAAAACCAUCUGCAGUCUUUCCCCAUGUACUCCUACAUUUGACGAUUUAGUUCUUAAUGGACAGAGUGUCAUUGUAUGCAGUGCUAGCAAAGAUUUUUCCAAAACAAGAAUAUAAAUAAGGAUAUUGGUUAAAACAAGUAUAAAUAUGGACUUAUUCAAGUACACCUUCUAGGGUGCGCUCGAUUUUUAUUGUAAAG